UAAAUAUUUAAAAAAAAAAAAAAAAAGAAAAACUAUUGUACCGAAUGGACGUGUUUCCCUAAAGCGCAUGCGCGUCUUGGCGAAAGGGCGGAAGUUGUCUCAAGAAGUUUGCCACUCAGCAGUUGCCCAAACUUUAUCCACGCGGGUUUCGAUUUACUCGGAAAAGGUGGAGCUUUUUUGAAAAGUAUAUUUUUUUCCACCGUCCCUAGGUGCUUGCGUGGGACACACAGCGAAGUUUCACCUUUUCGGCGGGUUUUAACCGCCCUUUCCUGGCAGUUGGCAGGCCCACAGACCACAUUUAAACAACAUGCAGCAUGGAACACAAAGAGGUCUGUCCAGUGAGCUGUUUGAGUCCUUAAAGGUGUACCUCAACAACAAGAACAGACUGCAGCCAAUCAUUGGUCUGCGUUGCAUCACGGAAUGCGUAACGGCAGGUUCCCCCGUGGGUGGCGAGGCUGUGUACCUCUGCGAGGUGUGUGUAUGUCGGCUAAACAAAAGCGACAUGCGCAACCACAUCAUGGGCAGCCUCCACCGUUACAACUACAUCAAAGCCCGGCAUCCCCACUUGCUGUCGGGCGUGAACCAGAGCGGUGUGGACAUGUCCCUUCUGGCCUGGCCCUUGAUGGACAUUGCCAGGACACUGGAGAAAAAGGAGGGCCCUGGCAACAUCAAGUUGUUCGAAGCUGAGGAAUCUGCGUUUGAGAGGCUGAAGUGCACCAGUGACAGUGAAGGUUUGGUCAAAUCAAUGAUGCACGGACCCGACGGGCCAGAGAGCCCCUUGAACGACGAGAAUGAGAAUGAGGAGGGCAAGCACAGGGUGGUCACGAUCUGUCACAAGGUGGUGGCCGGUACAGAUGGAAAUGGUUGGAAUUCCAUGGAAAGCAGUCCGAGUUUUGGCCACACUUUGCGAGAUCGCUACAGGGGUUCGAGACCUCUCAUUGGUCUCUUCAGGGUGACCGAGUGCGUUUGCGAUGAUGAUGACCGCACUUACUGCUUCCUGUGCCACUGCUGUCGGACGCGAGUCAUCACGCGGCUCUUCAUCCAGCACGUCAGCAGCGCCACUCACAUGCGCAGCUACCUGAUGGAAACUCGGCGUGAGCAGGUGCAGGCCUCUGAACCCAAUGUCAGCAACCGCGCUCUACUGAUGGAUUCGCUGGCCGGUGAGGUGGAGAGAGAGGAGGGACGCGGAGACAUGGAGGUGGUAAAAGCCUCCCAGUUACUCUGUAUACAACUCGCCAAGAGGAAUUACAACUGGUGCAUUGCCACACUUUGGAAUACGAGCUACCCUAAAGUCCACAAAAAGAAAAAAGCAAAGAAAGGUGCGUCUUGGUCCACUAUUUACCCACUGGUGGUACUUCAAUGUUCCAAAUUGAAGAAGCAGCAGCAGCAGCAACAACAGCAGCGGCAGCAGCAGCAGCAACAACAACAACAAAUGCAGCAGCAGCAGCAGCAGCAGCAGGAGGAGGAAAACAGAAGCAAAACUCAGGUGGUGUUCAAGGUAAGCCUUCCGCUCACUGAAGGUCCGCUGCUGCUGAAGAGGACGUAUUUCAGCCAAGAUAGUCCGCCAGACCAAGACUUUGAGUGCGAGCCCACCGACCGGGAAGACAACGACUCGAGCGUGACUCCCCAUUUGGAACUGUCCCAAGACCAACAAAGCAAAGAUGUAUUUCCUGACAACACUUGGCAAAAUGAAGCACCCGUUGCUCGAGAGUGGUACAAUUCAGCCUACGCGCAAUGGCGAGAUUGGUCGCCUGCGCCGUUCGAGAAGCAACAAAUUCCCUAUCAGGCCAAUCCACAGCCAAUCAACCCUGCGGAGCAUCACGUACCUUCCGUCAACUUCCAAUCGGCAGUCAACUUCCAAUCGGAAUUCCAAAGCGUUCCUGCAAUCUGGCCGCCGCACUUGUCACAGGCCAGUCAGCCGCAUCCGGGCGGAAUCCCAGAGUACUCAGGCUACACCGUCCCGCCUUGGCCGCACCCAACACCGUACUUUAUUCCACCCGUAUACCAUUCCAGUGUGUCUGUCCCACCCAGACCACUCUGACAGACCAGAAAUGAUCGAAGUUUGCAACACGUCAAAGAGUGCGCACAUGUAUAAUGUCAGUUCAUCACCUGAUGUGAAGAACAUCAACUGUUCACCUAAAGUUUGUCAUCGUAUUUUGGGUGUUGAAUUAUUCCAUUUAAGUAUUAUUGAGUAAAAGCGGUAUUAACUCAUUCACUGCCAUCCCAGUUAUAUGUAGUCAAAAAGGUUUAUUCAAAUUACCUUAAAAAGCAGCCAUCAUUUCAUUUUGACACUUAAGAAUCUUAACCCUUGAUAGAGCAAGUGACUCUUUUUGGUCAUCAAAAAAAAUAUUAGCUAUUAUAGUUUUUUUUUUUUUUUUUUUAAAUGUUAAAAAUUCUAUACAUGUAUUCAUAAUAUGAAUACGAUGUUAGUAAAAGCUAAAUUAGUGAAAUUAAACACAAUUAAAACACAUUAGUUACAGGACCAAAUAAUAUGCUAACAAUUUUUUUCCCCCUUCAUGUACACAUUGAAAGCGAUAGACGUCCAAAUUUAAACUUGGAAGACUGGUCCUGAAUGCUUAUCUUUCGGGGCCAUUGGCGGUAUUAGACAUCCAAUCCAUUUUGACUUGGAGAACAGGCAGCAUCGGGUGUUAAUCACGUCAAAGGAGUUCCACAGGGUUCAAUCUUAGAACCCCUGUUGGUCAUAUUUAUCACAGUUAAUGUUCAUGCUGACAUUCAUUUACCCUGUGAAGUCAAAAUGGAUUGGGCGUGCGCUGUAAGUGGCAGUAAAUUAUUUAAAUGAGUGCCCUGUAAGAGUAAAAAAUAAGUCAUAAUUCAUACAUAAAAGGGUUAAUGGAAAUAGAUGUCGAAUCCAGUUUGAUCUCCCAAGUCAAAAUAAAUGCCAUUGCAUUUAAUGGCAGCUAAUGAGUUAACCAGCUCAUGUGCUCCAAAUUAUUAUACAGUGUAUUCUUGCAAAUAAAAAAUAAAAAUGGGAUUUUAUUCACCAUUAAAACAACUCAAAAGGGACAGGUUAGCAAGUUUGCUAACAUUUUCUUUGCUAAUAGUAUUUUUUGUAGUUAUAUGCUGUUUACACUUUUUUCUACUCAUCAUUAACAAUGUUUUUGUAAUGUUUGCACCCACCCAAAGCAUUUAGAAUUGUAAUGUUUGUUCACAAAUCUGUUUGUAUGGUCGAUUUGCAUUUGUUGUGUUGUUUGUUAUCCUCCCAUCAUGUUCUUUUUGCACUAUUGGGAUGUGAAUGUUAAAAAAAAAAACUUUCCUGAAUAGAAAUGUGCGUACUGCUGAUAGUUUUGUAUUUUUGUUAACUUUUCGUGUUGCAUUUCAUAUAAGAAAAAUAAAAAUG